CCAAGGUGCAGUAGAAAGGUUUCACCAAACUCUUAAGAAUAUGAUCAGAACUUACUGUCAUGACACGGAAAAAGAGUGGGAUGAAGGUAUACCUGUGUUACUAUUUGCAGUCAGAGAGAGCGUUCAGGAGUCUUUGGGAUUUAGUCCUUUUGAACUAGUCUUCGGCCAUGAAGCAAGAGGUCCACUUAAGCUUUUGAGAGAGAAGUGGUUGAGUAGUGAGGGAGACUCAAACAUUUUGAAGUAUGUGAUGGAUUUUCGAUCUAGACUAACAAAAGCUUGUGAACUGGCAAGAGCAAAUUUAAGUGCGGCCCAGACACGCAUGAAGUCGUGGUACGAUAAGAAUACUAGACCUCGAUCUUUCUCCUCGGGGGAUAAAGUGCUGGUCUUCUUACCCGUACCUGGGGCGUCACUAAAAGCACGGUACUACGGUCCUUAUGUCGUAGAGAAAAAGAUAAAUAACCUAAAUUAUGUUAUACAAACCCCAGGGAGACGUAAAAAGAUGCGGCUGUGUCACAUUAAUCAGAUGAAACCUUAUUUCGAACGUAAUGAUUUUCCUAUGAGUGACAAUAAGGGUGAAAGUGCCGAAAUCAUGGUGACUGAAAUUAUAAAAACUGUGGAAGUAUGUAAUGGGAGGGAUGCUGAUUCUCUAGAUAGUGUACCUCACUCUAAAUUACGUAACUCUGAAAUUUUGAAAGAUUUAACAUGUAAGAUUAAACAUUUAUCAGAGCCUCUACAAGAUGAGUUGAGCAGUCUUUUGCAUGAAUACUCCCAUUUGUUCUCCUGA